ACGAUAACAUCUACAAUGACAUUACUAAUUCUGAUGGUAAUAAUAUCUUUCUUCCUCCCUGGGGCAUGUAUAGACAUUACAGUUCGUUUAAAAGAAGAAAAUAGUCCCAAAAGCUAUGUGGGGGACAUCACUGCUAAUUCACAAAAGUGGCUCCAGGACAAAGAAGAUCUCAGUCAGAUUACAUUUAAUCAACUCCAACAAAAGGAGACAAAAUUAUUCAAUGUCACCCAGUCAGGGAAACUGUACACGGUUCGGACAGUGGAUGCUGAGUCACUAUGUAGAUAUAAUACAGAAUGUUAUAAAACUGUGAAAGUUGCUGUUCACAAAGGAAAAAACUUCUUGAAAAUCUUGAAAAUUAAAGUAGUUAUAGAAGACAUCAAUGACCACCAACCUAAGUUUCCAGAGAAGGAAAUCACUUUGCACUUUGGAGAAGGAGAUGGCAAAGGAAUGAAAAAGUCCAUUCCAAAUGCCAUUGAUAAAGAUGUUGGAGUUUUAAAUAGUGUAAUUAAUUAUCAUUUAAAGAACAAUGAGGAAAUGUUUUCAUUAUUAGUUUCUAAAAGAGCUGAUGGAAUAUCUCGACUAGAGAUUGUUCUAGAAAGUAAAUUAAAUAGAGAAGUGAAAGAUAUGUACAGUGUACAAGUUGAGGCUGAAGAUGGAGGUUCCCCUUCUAAAAAGAGUGUAUUAGAUGUGAAAAUAUUAGUAGAAGAUGAGAAUGAUAACUUACCAGUAUUCUCACAGAAUAUUUAUAAUGUUACUAUAAAAAGUUAUUUUCAAAAUGAUGUACCUGUUGUCACUUUGUCAGCUACAGAUUCCGAUAUUGGCAAUAAUGGGAAAAUAAAUUAUUAUUUUAGUCCCAAAACGUCAGAACUUGAUAGCAAACAUUUUAGACUCGUUAAGAAAAGUGGUGAGAUAUUUUUGAUUGAUAAAAUUGAUGCUAUCAUUGACAAUGAAGUUUAUACAUUAUACAUUGAAGCCAGAGAUGGGGGCAACCCUCCUCUGAGUUCCAUAGCAACUGUUAUGGUAAAUGUCAUCAACCAACACAACAAUCCCCCAAAUAUUGAUGUGAACUUUAUUUCUACACAGAAUCACAACACAGCUACCAUUCUGGAAGACAUCAAAGUUGGUAGUUUCAUUGCUUAUGUGAUGGUCACUGACAAUGAUGUUGGACACAAUGGACAGGUUAACUGUCAUAUCAAAGACGACACAUUCAAACUACAGUCAAUGGGAUCGAAGGAAUAUAAAAUAGUUCUAAAGAAAGCAGUAGACAGAGAGACACAGGAACAUUAUCACUUUACUGUGUCGUGUGAAGAUAAAGGAUUACCUGCUCUGAAAACUGAUAAAGAUCUGUCAAUCCAAGUGUUGGAUGUGAAUGAUGUAGAGCCACACUUUACGAAAGACACAUUCAAGUUCCUUACCUAUGAGAAUGACAAAGCUAAUUUCCCUAUUGGCUUUAUCAAUGCUACAGACCCAGAUAUUGGUAAGGGAGGUGAAUUGUCUUAUUCUCUGAGAAAUAAACAGCAAUAUCGUCUGCCAUUCCAGAUUAUCAACUCUGGCUUUAUUUCAACAAACCAGUCUUUAGACAGAGAACACAGAGAUUUCUAUGAGUUUGAGGUUUUUGUGAAAGACAAUGGAAGCCCAUCUCUGAAUAACACAGUGAAUGUUGAAGUGGAAGUAUUGGAUAGAAAUGAUAAUGCUCCAUAUUUUACAUUUCCUAGUGUUGACCCUUUCACUCUUAAUGUCCACUAUCAUCCGCAAAGUAAGAACGACAUCACAGUUCUGAAAGCAUCUGAUAUAGACAGUCACAUGAAUGCUUUUCUCAGGUAUGAAAUCGUUUCAGGUAACGAGAGACAGUUAUUUAAACUGGACUCUUUCACUGGUGUGUUAUCUUACUCUCGCACAGUUUACCAAAAUGAUGCCGGAUCAUAUGAGCUUGAGUUUGUUGUGAAAGACAGUGGUACUCCAGUUCUGUCAGCAACAACUAGUGUGUCUUUGACACUGACUGUUAGUAACAAGACGUCACCAAUGUUCACAGCUGUGCACCUACCAAGUGAUAACACAAUAGAUGCGACAUUGUUGAUUAUCAUUGUAGUAGCAGCUGUGAUAGUAUCUAUAGCUAUUGUGGUUUCUAUAACCCUGUGUAUUGUGAGAUGUAACAAUGUGAGAAAUAGCUCAUCUGAAAGAACAGCAGAAGAGAAACAGGCAUACCAAUGUCGCAAUGAGAUGAGACAGUUGAUCUAUCAAGGUAACAACAGUGUACCUGUGAUGUCAGGUAAUCGAGGAGAAAUGUCUGACAGAUAUGGUCAUUUGAGGAGCCAUUACUAUCCUGAAGACUGGAAGACAUCGACAAUGAGCAGAACACUUCAAAAGUCCACAAAGCAGAAAUACAGCCAACCAAUAGAGGUGACAUCUUAUGGAGACAACAGACCAUCCUCUAACUAUCCCACUGACACAUUGACCAGUCGUAAGAGCAGUGGACAGUGCUGGAGUGAGCGGUCAAGCAGACAGUAUGAAGAAAUACCAGCAAUGUCAGGAAUCUAUGGUGGUGCCCCACCGGAUGUAUCAAGCACCAGUGAGAGAGACCAUUACCAAGACAGAUAUGUGAAACCUCCAGAGAGACAGUUACCUUCAACACCAGAUGUUGUUGUCAGUUAAGUGAGACUGAGAAAUGAACACAACAGAAAUAAUAUCUCACCUUCAACAUUCACACAACAUUUAAAACAACAGAAAUAUAUUAGUUAGUUAACAAUAUUUCCCCACAUGUGACUGUAUAUUUU